CGCACUUCUUAAAAGCUCACUGGCUGGUGGGCGGAAGCUUGCUAUCAAAUCUGAAGGGCUCUGAACUUUCUUUUAGCCGAUUUAGCAGCUUCCUUCUCCAGUGCCUGGAGACCAGUUCUAGAAGAAUAAGGAAACUGAACCAGGAGUCAUGGAAACCAAGCCCAAGCUCUACUACUUUCAGGGCAGAGGCAGGAUGGAGUCCAUCCGCUGGCUGCUGGCUGCCGCGGGAGUGGAGUUUGAAGAAGAAUUUCUGGAGACAAGAGAACAAUAUGAGAAGUUGCAAAAGGAUGGCCGCCUGCUUUUUGAUCAAGUCCCUUUGGUUGAAAUUGAUGGAAUGCCGCUGACACAGUCUAGAGCCAUCCUCAGCUACCUCGCUGCCAAGUACAACUUGUACGGGAAGGACCUGAAGGAGAGACUCAGGAUUGACAUGUAUACUGAUGGCACCCUGGACCUGAUGAUAAUGAUCGCCCAGGCUGCAUUUAAGCCCCCGAAGGAAAAAGAGGAGAGCUAUGCUUUAAUAGUGAAGAGAGCUAAAACCCGUUACUUCCCUGUCUUUGAAAAGAUUUUGAAAGACCACGGGGAGGAUUUUCUUGUUGGCAACCGGUUCAGUUGGGCAGACAUACAGCUGUUAGAAGCCAUUUUGAUGGUGGAGGAACUCAGCGCUUCCAUUCUGUCUGACUUCCCUCUGCUGCAGGCAUUUAAGACAAGAAUCAGCAACAUUCCUACAAUUCAGAAGUUUCUGCAACCCGGGAGUCAGAGGAAGCCACCUCCAGAUGGCCACUAUGUUGAGGUGGUCAGGAACGUUCUGAAGUUCUAGUGGCAGCAGGCCUUAAGGUGGCCAACAGCGAGUAUCCAAUUGCAGCGUCACCGUAGACCAGCUACAAAGCAUUCCAAAGCAAGGUAUAGAUCCCAGGAGGCUUCGAGAAGGAAAACCCCUCUGCUAUCAGCAACACAUGUCAAUUAAAUAUGGUGAAAAAUU